CACAAACAGCUCUGCUGGGGUUGUACUGCUGCUGCCUGCUCCUCUCUGAAGGGAAACUGGAGUUUGUGAUCUGAGAUGCAUAGAGUCCCCCGGCUGACCACCCCGUGGGCUAAUAGGGACCUGCAGAGAGCCUGGGAGAAAGCCUACCAGGACCACAGGAAAAAGGUCCAGAAUGCCCAACCACUAGUGGAUACCCACCCACCACGGAUUUACAGCCAUCUCUGCCUAAAGUUCAAGAAGUUGAAGAUGGAGGAAGAGAGACUCUCCAUCAUUGACAGGAACAACUACCUGCUUCUGCAGAGGGUGGCCUCCGCCAUGAAAACCAGGGGACAGACUGAUGGCCGAAAUAACUUUACACAGAGAAGUCUAAACAGGAAGCACAGAGAACAGGCAUUUAUGAAAGUGCAGAAACAAAAUCAAGUCGUCCCAGAGAGACUCAGAAGCUCAGAGCUCCGGUAUGGAGCACAGAGAUGGCGGAGGACUGGGCUGCCGUGGCCAGCCAUCCCUGCAAGCGCAGACACACCUGGAGAAAAGGAGCUGAGAGGGACGGCCACAGCCUCUUCUGGAUGAGCAGCCUGAAGCCAAGGGGGUGAGAGUCAGAACCCAACCACUGAAAGGAGACCAGGGCCCGGAUGCUCCGAUGAGGCCUUCCUGUGUCUCCUUGGGGUGGAGUGGGGUGAGGAUGGGGGUGGAGGUGUGCAGGUCUUGGGGCUGGUGGCCUCGCAUCCGAGGUUGAGCUGGCUUCAUGGCCUCCAGGGACCAUCAUGGGCACUGUGAUGCAGCACUCCGGAGCUGCCCAGUCACAAUCUUCACCAGAUGACAUAGCACAGCUAUUUAUUGUGUUUUUUGGACUGAUAACCAAAAACAAAAUAUGCAGAGUAACACUGGACUUUCUUUUCUAGCUGUUAAUACUUUCUGAGUUACCAUGAGUUUGGGUGAUUGUAUGUAAUUCUCUUAAAAAUAAAAACAAAAACAAAUAAACAAACAAACAAACAAAAAA